UGGAAACAACAAACAUACAGAUAUAGAAAUUAAUCUGCCUAUAAAUACACCAUUUUUCAAGUUAUAAUCACAUCAACAACAAUGGCUUCUUCACUUAAUAAUUUCCUUUUCAUUUCUUCUCUGCUUCUCUUCUGCAUCUCUCUUUCUUCAGCUAAAACGGUUCCGUUUCGUCCUAAAGGACUCGUGCUUCCCGUCUACAAAGACAAAUGCACUAACCAGUAUGUCACUGAAUUAAAACAAAGAACCCCUCUGGUUCCGGUUAAGUUAUUAUUGGAUCUUGGCGCAAGAUUCAUGUGGGUUGAUUGCGACCAAGGCUAUGUUUCGUCUACGUAUAAGCCUGUGAGUUGCGACUCGAAGCUUUGUGCACUUGCUAAUUCAAUGGCUUGUGCUACUGAGUGUAAUUCAGCUCCGAAACCGGGUUGCCACAAUAACACGUGUGCCCAUUCACCGGAAAACCCUGUGUUACGGCUCAGUACCGGUGGUCAGAUCGGUCAGGAUGUUGUUUCUCUUCAGUCUUUUAAUGGUAAAAAACCUGACAGGUCCGUUUCGGUUCCUGAUUUUCCUUUUGUUUGCGGUUCGACGUUCCUGUUGGAGAAUCUUGCUGACGGAGUUACAGGAUUGGCUGGGUUGGGAAAUAGUAAUAUUUCUCUUCCUGCUCAAUUCUCCGGUGAUUUCGCCCUCCCGAAGAAAUUCUCCGUUUGCUUGAGUAAUUCAACGAAACCCGACGGUGCAGUAUUUUUCGGCAAUGGCCCAUCUAUUCCGAAAAAUGCUCUUACCUAUACCCCACUUCUCAAAAACCCUGUAAGCACAGCCGGGUCUUCUUUCCUCGGCGAAGCAUCGGUGGAGUACUUCAUCGGAGUUCAGUCCAUUAAAAUCGCCGGAAAAGAAGUCAAAUUCAACAAGACUCUACUGUCAAUCGAUAGCGAAGGCAAGGGAGGAACCAAGAUCAGCACCGUUAAUCCUUAUACGGUAUUGCAGAGUUCUAUUUAUAAAGCCGUUGUGAAAGCUUUUGUGAAGGAGAUGGAUAAGAAAUUUAUCCCUCACGUAGAACCACCACCUGUAGGGCCAUUUGAAGCUUGCUUUCAGUCCAUUGUAAUUGAUAACAACGGAUUCGGACCCGAUGUGCCGGUGAUUGAUCUUGUUCUGGGCAAUGUAAACUGGAGAAUUUGGGGAGGAAACUCUAUGGUGAAGAUGAGUAGUUUGGUUAUGUGUUUGGGAGUUUUGGACGGUGGAGAAAACCCUACUACGUCCGUCGUCAUCGGCGGCCAUCAAAUAGAGGAUAAUUUUCUACAGUUUGAUCUUGCUUCUUCCAGACUUGGAUUCAGCUCUUCUCUUCUUGGCAAAAACACAACCUGUUCCAAGAUCAAUACUUAAGUCUAAGUGAUUUUUUUUUAUCGUGUUGGAUAUUAUUAUAAAUAUAUUUGUGUAAAAAUAAAUGAUCCGAGGUUCUUGUUUUAACUAUGAUCAUCGUGGAUUAUAUGUGUAUAAUGGACUGUAAUUUGUAUGGAAUUUAUCCUUCAUUGAAUAAAAUUAGUGAGGCAAUUCAUAUA